UUGUUAAAAUCCAUAUAAAAUUAAAAAUAAUUGUUUUAAAAACAUUAAAUUACAAACACUAAGUUUUAAUAUAAAAGAAUAUAUAAAAGAAAUAAUUAUUUUAUCAAAAUAUAAGUGUAAAAAACCAAAUUAAAAAUUUCUUUCAACAUGGAUCGCCGUUCUCGAAGCAUAUCACCACGACGUUAUCGCAAUGGUGGCAAUGGUGGUGGUGGAGGAUAUCGACGUUAUAGUCGUUCUCGUUCAAGAUCAAGGGAUCGCGGACGUGAACUAAAUUAUCGUAAUAAACGCAAUACUCGAUCACGAUCUCGUGAUCGGAAUCAUAGACGCGGCAAUAGUAAUGAAAAUGAUUUAUAUCGUGACAUUAUUAACCAAGACUAUCAAGAAGAAAGAAAUUAUGGCGGAAAUGGUGGUGGUGGAUAUUCUAGAGGAGGAGGCGGUAAUAAUAACAAUUAUAGAUCACGUAAUAAUGACGACGAUUAUAUGGAUGAUCGUGAUCAUUAUUGGAAUGACAAUAGAUCACGGGAUAAAGGACGUGAUCAAGAACGCGAUUAUGAUAAUCGAGAUAGAAGGGAUAAUAACCGACGUUAUGGUGGCAAUGGAAAUAAUGGAAACAAUCAUAAUAACAGACGCUAUAACUCAGCUGAUCGUGAUAGCGAUGAUAGUGAUGAAACUAUGAGUGGACAAUAUUACAAUAAAACUCCUUCAAAUACUAUCAUAGUAUUGGGUUUACAAUCACAUAUAACUGAAGCAGAUAUUAUGAGUUUUUUAAUACAAAUGGGAAUGGCGCCCGCUUCAAUACGUCUCAUACGUAAACGUACUACAGGUGCAUCACGUGGUUUUGCAUUCGUCGAGUUUAAUACGGUUGAUGAAGCUGCACAUUGGAUGGAAUUAACUCAGGGAGCACUGCAACUACAGGAAACAUGUCGGGCAACAUUGCAAUACAGUCACUCAUUGCAGUCAAAUAAAACCAAAACAAAUCCUACAGAUUGGUAUUGUGGCAAGUGUGGCAUGUUUAAUUUUAAACGACGUGACAGUUGUUUUAAGUGUUAUGCCUCUCGUGAGGAAAGUGAACGUGGCGGUGAAGGCAGUGAUGAAAUAAGCAACAUUCUUACUAAAAAAAUCAUGUUACGCAAUUUGGAUGUGCUGACCAAUGAAGAGGGGGUUCUAACAGCCAUAACAGUGCAUGCGCCCGACAUUGCGAAAAAAAUUAGUAAAGUCUUAGUGAGUCGCGAUGCAUUGACCCAAACCUCUAGAGGCAUAUGUUAUCUACACUUUGAAAGUUUAGUGGAUUCAAUGAAUAUGCACAAUUUAUUAAGUACCUUAGAGCCGCCACUAAAAAUAGACAAUAAAGAAGUUGUAAUAACUUACUGCAUUGAUCAAGAGAAUCGCCAAAUUGUACCCAAGAAAAUAGAUUCCUCAAUAUCAUCCAUGGCAUCUGGCGUUAAUCAAUCAUCUAUUGGCCCUUUAACGGCUGCCGAAAUGGCUUCUGUUUCAUCUGGAGGCACGGGCGAAUACACUCUAGCCGAUGUUCCCCGCUUAGCUGAGUACAGUGCAUCUAUGUAUGCCAAUACACCAGCAGAACAUGCCCAUUAUUUGCAAUACUAUACAGAUUACUAUAUAUCGGAAAUUACUAAAGGCUCUUAUAGCAAUUUACCAACAGACAGUCAAAUGACCGAGGCUAAUUCAGGAGCAGCUGUUGCCCUAUCGGCCAUACAACGAAAACAAAGAAAAAUGAAUAGCAUUGAAACUACAGCUACCGCAGCUGCAACAGCGGCAGCAUCAGCGGCCGCGGCGGCAAAAGCAUCUUUGGCUACGCGACCUGUUGUCACACCGAAGGGGAAUGAUGGCAAAGUUUAUCCUACGCCUGAUGUUUCUUUGUAUCAGUAUGAUGAGACAUCUGGUUAUUAUUAUGAUCCCACCACCGGCCUAUACUAUGAUGCACAUUCACAAUACUAUUACAACAACGAAACCGGAGCAUACCUCUAUUGGGAUCAACGUAAAAGUUCGUAUGUUCUAGCCACCCCAGCUGCAGCGGCGGCCUCCGUACAAGAUGUGGUAAAGCAAGAAACAGAUGCAGAAACCAAAUCUGCCACCACAGCGGAAGAUGAUUCUGGCAAAAAAGAGAAAAAAGAGAGUAGUGGCAAUAAACACGAUAAAGUUAAAGUGGCCAAAAAGAUUGUUAAAGAUAUGGAAAAAUGGGCCAAACAACUGAAUCAAAAGAAAGAUUACACAGUAGUGGCCACACCUCAGCCAAUAUUAACCAAUAAUAGAACAGAAGAUGCUAUGCGAUCUUCGACAAGUGGUGGCUUAUCGAGUGGUUAUGCUGAUGUAGGCUUUUCAAUAUUAGAAAAGAAGACGGCGAAAUUGAAUGCUUCCAAUACAUUUAUGUCACCUAUGAGUUUGGGUUCAGCGUCAACUAAUAAGCUGAUACCCUCCUAUGGUUCGGACUCGGACGAGGAUAAUUUACCACCACCGCCCAAAAUCAGCGCCGCAACAUCAGCUGGAGAAAUGGGUGAAAAGGAGUAUGUUGAUUUUCAAAAACUCACCUGUUUACUGUGUAAAAGAGCUUUUCAAUCUUUGGAAAUUUUACAAAAACAUUUAAAAAUGUCCAAUCUUCAUAAGGAAAAUCUUGCCAAGCAUAAUAUUGAAAAAGGUUUAACGGUGCAGCAACAACAGCAGCAGCAACAGGCUGAACAGGAUUCUCUAUCAGCUGCUUUAUCGUACCGUGAUCGUGCCAAAGAAAGAAGACUUAAGUAUGGCGAAAGUGAUCCUCCGCCACCAAACCGAAGUCGCGAGCGUUUUGAAAAAGAAAUUAAUAAUCUUACCUCACGUCAAAAACAACAGGAUACACCCGCAUUGCCCAUAGGUUCGAAUAAUGUAGGAAAUCGUCUGUUACAAAAAAUGGGUUGGUCCGAGGGUCAAGGUUUAGGCCGUAAAAAUCAAGGACGUACAAAUAUUAUCGAGGCAAAUGCUCGUAAUACUACCGCUGGCUUAGGCACAAAGGCAGGCAUCGGACCUGGUGAUGAUUACAAGUCAUACAUUAAAAAAAUGAUGAAGUCUCGUUAUGAAUCUGUGUAACUUUUCUUUUUAUUAUUUAUUGUCAAUUAAACUGUUUCUUAAUAUAUAUAUUUUAAGUAUUUUUUAUAAUUUAAUGUUUGCUUUCUUUUUCCCCUAAUGUUUUAAUUUUAUCUUGAUUUAAGACUUGUAUUUGUACAAAAAUCGCAACAAUCUGAAUAUUUUGGUAUAGAAAAUAUUUUAAGCAAAUAAAAUUUUGAAUUAGUAAAAACAUA